AACGAGAGCCAGACCGGCCGGCUGGCAUUCAGUCGCCUUUAGCGCCGUGCAUCUCCGAGUCAGUCAGUCAGUCAGUCAUUGAGUCAGUCAGUCGGUGAAUCGGGUCGCUCGGGUACGCGCGAGAGAUAUCGCCGCUCGCUCUCUCCGUAUACCAGCGUGGGCCAAACGCAAUCUUGACGUUGACCUUGAACUUCAACCUCAACAUUAGCGAUUAGUCGCGAGAGUCGUUCCGCCAUCCACCCACGAUCGACGCGAAUGAUUGAUUCACGAUUAGGAAACCAUCAAGCAACUGAACGAUAGAACGUGGAACAAAUCGUGUCUGAAUUAUAUACAUGAAGCCCGGUUGGAAAAUGGAUUGAUUGAGAAAAAAAAAAGAAACAUAUAAAUAUAUCUCGAUCCAAUGGAGAAAUUAGAAAUCGUUGAAUUAAUAAUGAACAUUCAACAAAUUAUUAAAUCUUUCGGAUAGAUCGUGCGACGAAAUUAUCAGUUGAAUGACCGAGGAUCAUGGUGAAAGCUAUUUUGAAAGAUAAACGCACAAAUUAUGGACUCGUUCCAAUUUUGCUUCUCGAUUGAUCGUCUAUCUAGCCAAUGCCAGAGGUAGCCAAUUGACACGUCCGACAACCCUGCCGCACGACAAGUGCAACAACAGUGGCACGUACACGAAGACACACGUGCAUGUGCAUUUCGUGUAAUUGUCUGUGCAUUACAAUAGUUAAGUAACCGGUCGCGCGAUCGAUCACGAACGAACCAAAGAAGUGCAGUGAGCAACCAUACCAAAUCGAUACCAAAAGAAGGAAUUUAGCUCGAGCGAGGGAAGGAAGGACAAGGUGGAAGGAAGGACGACGAUUCGCGAAAUGUCGCGGUGAGGACGGGACGAGGGAUCCGUUUUUUUGAAAAGAAGCGAAAAGUAAGACAGAAAGAAAGACUGGAAAAAAAGAGAAAACGAAAACGCGAGGAGAAAAAAAACGCGGGGUGGCGUGCCUCGGGGGGGGGUGUGCGUGUGCGAAAGAUAAUAAAAAGCUGACGAGAUAAAUCGGUCCACGGUGACGAGUGAAAGUAGAACGGGCAAGCAGCCGGGCAAGAUGAUGAAGAAGGAGAAACCGAUGAUGUCGGUGACGGCUAUCAUCCAGGGGACUCAGGCCCAGCACUGGGCACGUGGCGGCAACAAUUGGUUGAGCCUGGACAACAGUAUGUCGAUGUCGUCAGUAGGUCCACAGAGCCCUCUCGACAUGAAGCCUGACACGGCUCUUAUAAAUCCGGGAAACUUUAGUCCAUCGGGUCCCAAUAGUCCGGGAUCCUUCAAUGCUGGUUGUCACAGCAACCUCCUGAGUACAUCACCCAGUGGUCAGAGCAAGACGGUCACGCCUUAUCCGCCUAAUCAUCCCUUGUCGGGCAGCAAACAUCUGUGUUCGAUCUGCGGCGACCGUGCGAGUGGCAAACACUAUGGCGUAUACAGUUGCGAGGGUUGCAAGGGGUUCUUCAAGAGGACCGUGCGUAAGGAUCUGUCGUAUGCCUGUCGCGAGGAGAAAUCCUGCAUCAUCGACAAGCGGCAGAGAAACCGCUGUCAAUACUGCCGGUACCAGAAGUGCCUGGCGAUGGGGAUGAAGAGAGAGGCGGUGCAGGAGGAACGUCAACGCACCAAGGAGCGGGAUCAGAGCGAGGUGGAAAGUACGAGCAAUCUGCACGCGGACAUGCCAAUCGACCGCAUCCUCGAAGCGGAGAAACGGGUCGAGUGUAAGAUGGAGCAUCUAGGAAAUUAUGAGAAUGCAGUCUCGCACAUUUGCAACGCCACCAACAAACAACUGUUCCAGCUGGUGACAUGGGCGAAGCACAUCCCGCACUUUACAUCGUUGCCAGUGGCGGAUCAGAUACUUCUGCUCAAGGCUGGCUGGAACGAAUUACUAAUAGCCGCCUUCUCCUAUCGUUCCAUCGAAGUCAAGGACAGCAUCGUUCUGGCAACGGGCACCACGGUGCAUCGAAAUUCGGCGCAACAGGCGGGCUUAAUCACGAUAUUCGAUCGCGUGCUCUCAGAACUAGUGUCGAAGAUGCGCGAGAUGAAAAUGGACAGGACCGAAUUAGGAUGCCUUAGAUCCAUUAUUCUCUUCAAUCCCGAUGUACGAGGUCUCAAGUCCAUUCAGGAAGUUAGCAUGCUGCGCGAGAAGAUCUAUGCCGCUCUGGAGGAAUACACCCGCGUAUCUUGCCCGGAUGACCCCGGCAGGUUCGCCAAACUGCUGCUUCGCCUGCCAUCCAUCCGUUCGAUCGGUCUCAAGUGCCUGGAGCACCUGUUCUUUUUCAAGCUCCUCGGCGAGGAGCGAGCAGUCGAAGAUUUCCUCAAGGAGAUGCUGGAAUCACCAUCGGAUUCUUAGGAGCAGAAGGUGUGCCGCGUCUUGGGGCACACCGAUCUGUGAAAGGAAAACCAAGAGGAAGAAGACGACGAAAGAGAGAAUAGGAGUCCGCAUUCAAGUCGAGUUUCUCAUUCGAGAUGCUAGACAAUUUCUCUAUUGUGACGUCUCUCCCGCGCCACAAUAUAGAUUAUCGCGCGUCGAGCGAGAUGGAAUUUACUUACUUCUCUUCACCGCUAUCCCUGUCACCUCCUUUUCCUCUUCCUCCUCAUCCUGUUAUUUAUGUUUUUGUUAAAGCUUAACGACUCUCAUGUCCAGCGUAAGGAGGCGGUCUUUAUUGAUCGAUUCAUGGAAAUAUCAUCGACAUCAUGCCCACGUGACACGCAUUGACACGUCGAUUUGACGAUAGACAGUUACUGUAAUAUACUUUAGGCUUUUGAGAAGGUGUCAAUUAGUUUACAUUUAAUUUAUCUAACCGGUUAAAUUUAAUAACAUAUACCCAUACGGCACAGAAAUAUUGCAGCAACAUUGCAGAAAUAUUUCUUUGCAAAAUUGCAACGUUGCUGCAAUAUUGCAGCAACGGUAAAAUGUAGAAAUGCGAUAUUGCAGCAAUGUUACGGUGCAACGUAUUUGUAAUAUUAAAACGCGUUUUGCUACAAAUGCAGACACCGUUUUAAAUUUAAUAAAUAAACUUUGAAAAUAUAAAAAAA